AUCUCUCCAUUUUCUCUUCAAAGCAUAACAUUAGCAAAAUGGGGUCUCAAAUUUACUCAUCAACUCCUCAAUUCUCCUACCAAUUUCCCAAAAUCAAACCAAGACAAGUAUCUUCAUAUUCCUCACUUCAUUUAAAAUCAAGAAUCAGCACCAUAAGUUGUCAGCAACAGCCACAGUCUACUGGUGUUGUUACUGAAACACCAAUUCCAAGAACUGCUACAUACAAUGUGGACUUCAAGACUUAUGAAGAUUGCAAACUUGGUAUAUCCAGAUACCCAGAUUUUGUGUAUAAUGCACAAGGGGGUACAGGUACUGGAACUGGAAAAAGAAUUGAGUCGAGCGAUGAAAUUUCAAUUGAUUUCGACUUGGAAAAGUUGUACAUUCCUCCAUUAACAUCUGCAACUGCUAAGUUCUUGGGAUUGCCAUUGCCCCCUUUUCUGAAAAUUGACGUUGAACCUGAGCUCCUUAGGGGAUAUGUCAACCAAGAAACUGGCAAGGUUAAUCUGGAGUUCAAGGCCAAGUUCUGGUUUUCAGUUGGAACCAUCUACAGAGCGCCACCACUGCUUGUGGAUACGUUAUUAACAUCAGACGAAUCAAAGGGAAAAAUUAGAGGAGGAAGAGGGGAGAGGCUAAAUGAAGGAGGAGGAUGCAGACUUAUUGGGGUGGCAACAGUUGAACCUAUUGACGACUUGUUUAUGAAUACAUUCCUUAGCCUUCCAACAGAAUGUCUUGCAAAGAUGAAUGCUACAAUCUCAUUUUCCAGUACCUAGAGACUUUGCCAAGCAAUAGUUAUGUGAGAUCACAUUGUAUAGCUCUCAAACAUUGACAUAAAAAGGAAGGCCAAUAAAUUGCAUAGUUGAUGUUAAAGAACAUUCAAUAAUGGAUUUUGUAAUACAGAAAGUGUAGAAUUCAUGGGAACCUGGACGUGAAUGUCCAUUGAUACAAGAUUUACAAUA